AUGAAAUAUGGGUUCAAAUCUACCGAUAAAUUUCUCUCCUUGCAUAAGGUUUAUUGUGAAAUCGACAUCUGGAGAGAAGUCGUCGUCAGAAGAGAUAGACACUGUUUUUGCGGAGUAAUUGCUCUCUGGAAUGAUGAAAUAAGUUAUGAGAAACAUGAAGAAAUCCGCAGGUUAAGUUCUAGUUUGAUAGUGAGAUAUCCGAGGGUGUUUGAGCCGCUAGUUUUCUCUUCGAACCUCGUGGAGGAUCAUGUCAAGAAGAGCAAGAUCGCAGGAACUUGGGCUGAAACUGUGGACAUCUUCAGCUGUGCAUCGCUCCUCAAGCGACCCAUUUGCACCUUCUUAUCGUCGCAGAAAAAAUGGUACAACUUUGAACCGAUUAUGAACACUGAUUCGUUUUCAUCGAUCACGAAAAAAAAGUGCAGGUGUCCAAUCACUUUGAUGCGUCAUGAUGUGUAUGCUCAGGCAAAUCAUUUUAAUCUCCUUCUGCCUAGAGGUAGCUGUUGUAAUACUCCUCUACCUGAGAAUUCAGCAUCCUCUGUUUCAAAUGAUAUAGAAGACAGUGGUAAUUCAUGUGCCAAAGCUGUGAAACAAACGUCACAAACUCAUCCUUCCUUCGAAGCACAUUUGAUUAAGCUACAAAAUCAAAGUAACUUGGUCAAGAUCUAA